GCCCGCUACUCUACAGAUCCUCCUUCUUUUGUGUCACUUUUGCACGACAAUAGCUUGGACAUGCUAUUAAAUGUGUUCAUUAAGCUAGGCCCAAAUAGCAGUACCGUUGCUAUUGAAGUUGAGCCUUCUGACACUGUGAAAAAAGUGAAGAAGAAGAUAGCAGAGAAAGAGAGCCUGCUAGCUGACAAGCUACAAAUCCUCACCAUUGACAACAAGGAGUUACAAGACAGCGACGUCCUUCAAGACCACUCCAUUGAGAAUGAGGCUACAGUAAUUUGCACAGUAUCUCAAAGCACUCUCCUUCUCAAUCAAUCAAGUGAACCUCAUCAAGUUUUUGUUGAAAUUUUUUCAACAGAGGUUCUAGCUGUUCCAGUAGUUAUUUCAGAGGCUAGUGUGAGUGACAUUAAACGUAAAAUCACAUUUCAGAGUCGUUUCGCUACUCCCCUUUUGUCGGAAUAUAGCUACAAUGUUGCUUUUGCCAAUGAAAGUCUUGAUGAUCUCCAAAGUCUCUCCCACUACAAUAUUGAGUAUGGUGCAACUUUGAGGUUGGAAUGGUCCCCCAUACAAAUUGUGGUCAAGACAGACAGUGGGAGGACCAUCAGUCUUGAUGUACUACCAAUUGAUAAUGUUGGGAGGGUCAAGACUAUCAUUGAAGAUAAGUUGGCGAUUCCUUUUAAAAAGCAAGAGGUCUUGUUUGACGGUACUCUGCUGGAGGAUAACGAUACUCUUUUUCGUUGUGGUAUUAAUAAAGGAGGCCAGCUGCAGCUGCACUACCUAGUCACAAUUCAUAUCAAAGCACUCACUGGAGCGAAUUAUCCUUCCCUGGAGAUGAUGACCCCUGUUUCUGUUGAGGCCAUCAAGGAAAACAUUCAACCCAAAGAUCAGAACCUGUACUUUGCAGGCCAGCUAGUACGAGAUGGCGGAAUCUUUUUCUGUGAGUACGAAGCCGAUGAAAUUGUCUUUCAAUUAAGCCGCUAUUCUGUUACCUUCACUUCCAAGAAAGGAUUGUGCACACAGUGCAACGAAGCUAUUGAAAUAGGAGAUGGGGUGGUACUGGCCAAUUGUUCUCAUCUUUUGUGCAGGCUUUGCAUGGAUAAAUCUGUUAAGAUAAAGGAUGGGGAGUGUAUUUUAUGCAAGAAAGUACUAUCACCACUUGAAAUCUGUUCUGUCUUAAAUGAUGACGAGCUUAUUAUUAAGAAUUUUCCUUAUCGCUUCUAUUGCAAAUCAGAAGGAUGCACUGCUUCUUGUUUCUUUGAAGAUAAAAUUGAUGAAUUCUGUUGUUAUAGAUGUGCACACGCUAACUGUAUAGUGUGUAGAGUACAGCAUGAAGAAAUGAACUGCAAGGAGUAUCAGAAUAUGAUUGGUGCACCUAAUAAUGUAGCUUUUAGAGCAGCAGUGAACAAAAUUAUUAGUCUGUUGAAGGAUGGAAGUGCUAUUCAUUGUCCCAGCUGUACAACAGUUCUUGUGAAAAAGUAUGGAUGUAAUUGGAUUAGGUGUCUUAUUUGUAAAAUGGAAUUAUACAUUCAGCACACAGAUUCAAAUGAAAGUGUGUCAUUACUGCACAAAGGAAUGGUGUCUAUUUAUGAAGAAGACAUUAUGCGUCUUUCGAAGUCUUACAAUGAAUUAUUGAAUGCCUUUGAAGCAAGAAGGAUAUCUUUUUUGGAAGAGCGUGAUGAAUUGAGGGGCAUGGUAAUGUUUCAGGAUGAUGGUAUUCAACGUCUUCAAGCAGAAAAUAGGAGUUUAAAGAAAACAAUUGAGGACAAGGAUGCUUUGAUGCAGGUGGGCCAGUCUAUUCCAUCUAUGGAGCAGCUAGCAUUGAAUCCAGUAAUAGUUGAAGAAGGUAGUCAAUCUGACACAAUAAAAAGGCUUAAGGAUAGAAACAAUCUUCUUUGUGAUGCUGUGUGUCAAUCAAAUAUCAAAAUUGAUAUCUUAGAGAGAGAGAAGAAUCAGAAAACUACAGAGUUAGCUGAAGCACAGGAGGUAAAGAAAUUAGUUGAAGCUGAGUUUGUGCGUUUAUUAAGGGCCCGUCAGCAAGACAAUGAAGAAAAUGUUCGAUUACGCCACCAGCUUAGAGAAAGUAGCCAAAAGCCUAACGACACUCCAAAUUGGCAGUUUAGUCAUCGAGAUGUCACUCAAUCUGAAAAGGAGUUAGGUAGAGGCGCAUUUGGUACUGUCUUUGUUGGUAAAUUUCGAGGGCAGUCAGUGGCUGUCAAGCAGUUGCAUAAAGUGCUGCAAAGUCCUGAAAAUAUCAACAAAAUGAAUCGCGAGAUUGAUAUUUUAUCUCAAUUACGACAUCCAAAUAUUGUCCAGUUCAUAGGUGCCAUUUUUGAUCAUCCAGAUGGUGAUCCUUUGAUCAUCACUGAAUUAAUGGAUACCUCAUUACGUGAAGCUUAUGAAGGUAAGAAGCUGACUCCCAAUCCUUCAUGUAGACCAGUGAUUCUAUCUAUCAUGCAUGACGUAGCUGUGGGUUUAAAUUACCUACACACUCUACCUAUUGAUAAUAUAGUGCAUCGUGAUGUUAGCAGUGCUAAUGUGCUACUAGAGUCAAAGGGGCCAGGGAAAUGGAAGACAAAGAUAUCCGACUUUGGAUCAGCAAAUAUAGUUCGAUGUGCUGUUAGCAGGGCACCAGGAGCUGAAGUAUACAGUGCACCAGAAUGUUUUCAAAGUGUUACCAAUCAAUAUUCUGCUUUGCAAACCCCCAAGAUGGAUGUCUACAGUUAUGGCGUUCUAUUCUGUGAAGCAUUGACUUGCAAGUUUCCAGAUCGUAGCUCAUUUCAAGAUAUGUUGCAACAAGUUUGGUCCAGUACUAAGUCAGUGGGAUUGAUCACAAGGUCUUUGCACCAUGAGCUUAUCAAGUCGUGCACAAAAGAUAAUCCUUACAAACGUCCUACAAUGAAUGAAGUGAUUAGUAAACUUGAUCAGUUGCUUGCAUCACAUUAAUGUUAAGUUUUGGCACUUUUGUAAGGAAAAGGAACUGUUUUUGUCUAACUAGAAAUUAAUAUUAAUUAGGGUAAUAACUAAUAAAAAUAACUGAUCUACGCCUACCAACUGGCAACCGAGCUGGCAACUAACUAAAGCAGUCUACUCUACCGAGAACAACAGGCCUCUGCUGGCUCACCAGCUACAGUAAUAAUGUUUUCAAAAU